AUGCUGGUGGCUAUGCCGAACAUCGGAUCGAAUGUUCUGCUGCUGUUCGGAGCCCAAGCUUUGAUACAAUAUGUGCUGCAGGCCAAUGAGCAGAUCAACGCCAUCUUGCCACGCUCUCAGUUCUCGCAUGUCAGAAUCUGGAAUGCCGACAUUGUGCACGCUGGCAACAGCCCCAGGAAACAGCCCCCAAGACCCGACUCGCUAGUGAGCCAGGCCUAUGGCGCUGGUAACCAGGAGGUGGCAUGCGCCCACUUCCAGCGUGGUCGCUUCAUCGCCACGCUGCAGCUCGUGUGGAUUAUUCCUACGCUGCUCUCCUCGGAGAGACUUCUUCUCGCCCUCGGCCAGGGGACAGAGGUCUCGAUGCUUGCAGCAGCCUAUAACCGGGCUACGGCCCCGGCUUUGUUCUGUCUCUUCCAGUAUCAGGCCUUGGCCAAGUUCUUGCAGAACCAGUGCAAGACGACCCCUCCACUAAUCAUCAAUGUCAUCACGUCGCUGUUGCACGUGGGCUGGUGCACCUUCUUUGUGGUAAAGCUAGGCCUCGGCAACACAGGGGCUGGCUAUGCAAAUGCUAUGACCUGGACAACACAAUGGUUUCUGAUCAGCCUCUACGUCAUGCGCAUCGCCCCCAAGUUAGGCAUGAGCCGGCGAGAUGUCUUUCUUCCCGGCAAGGGAACCUUUCAAGAAUGGGGGAAGUAUCUCAAGAUUGCGCUGCCUUGCGUGUUGCAGAUGAGCAGUGAAUGGUGGUUCUGGGAGAUCAAUGCCCUCUUGGUGGGCUUCCUGGGCACCGUGCCCCUAGCCGCACACGUGGCUGCGAACCAGUUCAUCGGGCUCAGCUUCAUGCCGGCCAUGGGCAUUUCCUCGGCAGCCGCGGCAUUGAUUGGCAAUAUGCUGGGAGCAAACAGGCCGACGGACGCUCGACGCUAUGUCAAGGUCUGCAUUUUCUGCAACCUCCUAGUCUGGCUUACGAUCGGCAUAGGGGUGUUGUUCGGGCGCCACGCUGUCGCGUCGAUGUACGUGCGGCCGGGAGAGGUGUCUGUGCUGAUGCAGAGCCUUCUGGUGAUCUUCGCUUUUGCUGGCUUGCCUGACACCACGCAGCAUAUCAUGUCGGGAGCACUUCGCGGCAUGGGCAAGAUGGCAGCAGGAAGCGUGGUUUACCUCGUGAGCUACUAUGGCCUGAUGCUUCCCACUGGAUUUGCCCUCGCCUUCAAGUUUGGCUAUGGUGUCCGCGGUGUCUGGUAUGCGUUCGGCAUUGGCACUUCGACUGUCUUCUCCGCGAAACCGGGAAGCGAGCUGACGACAGCCUGGGAUCUCACCCGAGAAGUUCUGGGGGGCCAGGAAGGUGGGGUGGAGUUCGACGACUACGGCGGCGAGUACGGCCACGUAGCCCAAAGCAUUCUGGGUGAGACCAACGCGGUGGAUGGCAGUUGGUUCUGGGCGCUCUAUGCGUAUGGCUCCUUCACGCAGGAGUGGCUGCGGGCCCCGAGCAGCGUCGACACGACCGACUUAGACACUUUCCCCCAUAUUGCAUGGGUGGCCUUCAGGACGGCCACAGACCGCCGGGAAGAAGACGAGAGGGUCAGCCGGCUGCUGGGGUCCAAGCCCCUGAAAGAGCCCUAG